GGACGGCCCACAUCUCAUCAUCAUUCAUCACCUCUCUCUCUCUCUCUCUCUCUCCCCUCUUUGGCUCUUUCCCCCUUUCUCUCUCCUCUUUCUCUCUCACUGCCUCUAUUUAUGUUCCCUCUUAAAACAGUCGGUCACAAAGCCUCUGAAACCUGAGAGAAAUCAACACACCCACACACACACACACACACGCACGCACGCACCCACCGCACGCAGUUUCUGAGGGACGAGAAAGUGCCAGAAAGUUGGACAAAAAACGAGAGAAAAUGUCGUGGCAAACAUACGUCGACGAUCAUCUGAUGUGCGACAUCGACGGCUCCGGCCAGCGCCUCACAGCUGCUGCCAUCAUCGGCCACGACGGUAGCGUUUGGGCCCAGAGCAGUGCCUUCCCUCAGUUAAAGCCUGAGGAGAUCACUGGUAUCAUGAAAGAUUUUGAUGAACCUGGUCACCUUGCCCCAACAGGCUUAUAUGCUGGGGGCACAAAGUACAUGGUAAUCCAGGGAGAGCCUGGGGCUGUCAUCCGUGGAAAGAAGGGAUCGGGGGGCAUCACAAUAAAGAAGACAGGCCAAGCUCUUGUUGCUGGCAUUUAUGAGGAGCCUGUGACUCCAGGACAGUGCAACAUGAUUGUGGAGAGGUUGGGAGAUUACCUUGUCGAUCAGGGCCUUUAGGCCUAGCUUGUAUCGUGAUUCUAGUAUUUUCUCCUCGGGAUACAAAUAUUUUCCUUUUCUUUUCUGGUUCCUAUCGUGCAUCUUCUUCCUUCUGAAGCCAUGAACUGGCAGCGGAGUUGUUGCAGACAAUAACCAUGUGUGGACCGAAAUGGUUGGUUGGUUGGUAUUUUUAGUGUUCGAAAUACUCAUUGCCUUUGAUAUUUUCUCAUUUUUAUGUGUACCUGCGGCCGGCUUGGGGUAUAUUUAUUUUUUUUUGUGUUUGCUGAUCAUUGUAGUAGAAAUUUUGAACAUUUUCCAUGAAAUUUUAUUAUGGUUUUGCUUGUUUA